AUGCCUGAUCCAUUCCAGAUACCAUAUGAGUAUUAUCAGGCAGGAGACCUACUCAUUGGAGGGAUUGCUUCUCAGUUUACCUGCAUACUUGAGGAUUUAUCUUUCCAUGAAUUCCCAAACACAGCACGUUUUGGUGGACUUGUUGCAACACCAAAGAACUACCAGCAUGUCCUGUCCUUGGCAUUUGCUGUGAAGAAGAUCAAUGAGGACCCAACAAUCUUACCAAAUGUCAGCCUGGGGUUCCACAUCUUUGACAGCUGCUUCUGUAAAAGAAUGACUUAUCCGAGCACCCUGAAACUUCUUUCCACCUGGAAAAGGAUUGUCCCCAGCUACAACUGUGAUGAGCAAAAACGUAUGAUAGCACUCAUUGGGGGAUUAGACUCUAUAGUCUCAUUUCAAGUAGCUACUAUCUUAGACCGCUACAAGAUUCCACAGCUUCACCCUUUCCUGAAGAGCAUCUCAUUUAACAAUAGUGCUGGCAACAAGGUGUUUUUUAAUGAGAAUGCUGAACUUGCCGGUGGAUUUGAUAUUAUUAACUGGGUAAUUUCCCCCAAUAAAUCAUUGCUAAGAGUGAAAGUAGGAGAGAUUGUUCCACAUGCUUCACUAGGUUACCAAUGCACAAUAAAUGAGGAGGCCAUCACAUGGCACAACAAGUUUAAUCAGGUGCUGCCCCUUGCUGUGUGUAAUGAGAAAUGCCAUCCCGGUUACAGCAAAGAAAAGGUGGAGGGGAAGCCAUAUUGUUGCUACAAUUGUGUUCCAUGUCCACAUGGGAGGAUUUCAGACCAGAAAGAUAUGGAUUAUUGUUUCCAAUGCCCAGCAGAUCAGUUUCCAAACAGAAACCAUGAUCAAUGCCUUCCCAAGGUUGUACAUUAUCUCUCUUUCUCGGAACCCUUGGGGACCACUUUGGCUUCCUUGGCUCUGUCUUUAGCUCUGAUCACAGCUUUGGUACUGGGAAUUUUCAUCAAGAACCGGAACACACCCAUCGUCAAAGCCAACAAUCAAGACCUCACCUACACUCUAUUAAUCUCACUCUUGCUGUGCUUCCUUUGCUCCUUCCUGUUCCUUGGUCAGCCUCAGGCAGUGACCUGCUUUUUACAACAAACCGCUUUUAUCAUCGUCUUCUCAGUGGCCGUUUCGUGUGUAUUGGCAAAAACCACAACUGUGGUUCUAGCAUUCAUGGCAACCAAACCAGGAUCCAGGAUGAGAAAAUGGGUGGGGAAGAGACUGGCUAACUCUGUUAUCCUUGCUUGCUCCCUUAUUCAAUCCAGUAUUUGUGCUGUAUGGUUAUUUACUGCUCCCCCAUUCCCUGAUUUGGACGUGCAUUCUCUGGCUGAAGAAAUCAUACUGGAGUGCAAUGAAGGAUCAGUCACUAUGUUUUACUGUUCCCUGGGAUACCUGGGAAUUCUGGCUAUUAUCAGCUUCAUUGUGGCUUUCCAAGCCAGAAAGUUGCCAGAUAGUUUCAAUGAAGCCAAGUUCAUCACUUUCAGCAUGUUGGUGUUUUGCAGUGUUUGGUUGUCCUUUGUUCCGUCCUACCUGAGCACGAAGGGGAAAUAUAUGGUGGCAGUUGAGAUCUUUUCCAUUGUGGCUUCUAGUGCUGGGGUAUUGGGUUGUAUAUUUUUCCCCAAAUGCUAUAUGCUUCUUCUGAGGCCUGAAAUGAAUAAUAGAAGACAUAUAAUUGUCAAGAAUUUUUAA